AUGAGAUUGCUAGAACAUCCUCUGAGAGGAUAUGAAUAUGUAGAGUGGUUGGUUUGUGAAGCUCUAGUGAUUAAAGUCCAGGGGAAAGGGCUGGAGUUUGAUCCUCUAAUGAGGAAUUUAGCCAGGGUUGCCUGUCUCUUUGCCUGGAAAAUGCUAAUGCUAGCUGUCCACCUUCCCUGUUCCUCCUAUGCUACUAGGGCUCUUGCCCUGCCCCACACCAGCUCUUUACCUGGUGAGAAGAUGAAAGCAAUUCGUCCUCCUCGCUGCGGCCCAAGUAAUAGUUGCACAGCUGUCUCGUGCGUCUCUGAUGACAACCAGUCGGCAGAAAUGAUGGAGUGCCUCAAGCAGACAAAUGGCAUGCCUCCCCUUGUGCAAGAAUGCACGGUCCCAUGUCGAGAAGACUGCACCUUCACUGCUUGGUCCAAGUUUACACCCUGCUCCACGAACUGUGAAGCCACAAAAAGUAGGCGGCGACAGCUCACAGGGAAAAGCAGAAAGAAGGAGAAAUGCCAGGAUGCUGACCUUUACCCUCUAGUGGAGACAGAACUAUGUCCUUGUGAUGAAUUUGUAUCCCAACCUUAUGGAAACUGGUCAGAUUGCAUUCUUCCAGAAGGCAGAAGGGAGCCUCAGCGAGGACUGCGGGUACAAGGAGACAGCAAAGGAUGUGGAGAAGGCAUGCGCUUUCAAGCAGUAGCCUGCUCUGAUAAAAAUGGAAGACCUGUUGACCCCUCCUUCUGCAGCAGCUCUGGUUACAUUCAAGAGAAAUGUGUCAUACCCUGCCCAUUUGAUUGCAAGUUAAGCGAUUGGUCUAGUUGGGGGUCUUGCAGUUCAUCUUGUGGAAUUGGAGUGAGAAUUCGAUCCAAAUGGCUAAAAGAAAAACCUUACAAUGGAGGACGACCAUGUCCCAAACUGGAUCUCAAGAAUCAGGCACAAGUACAUGAGGCAGUCCCAUGUUACAGUGAGUGCAAUCAGUAUUCCUGGGUUGUAGAACACUGGUCUUCAUGCAAAAUCAACAAUGAGCUGAGGUCCCUGCGCUGUGGAGGAGGAACACAGUCUAGGAAAAUCAGGUGUGUAAAUACUGCAGAUAGCGAAGGUGGAGCAGUGGAUAGCAACCUGUGCAACCAGGAUGAAAUUCCCCCGGAAACCCAGUCCUGUUCUCUUAUGUGUCCCAAUGAGUGUGUCAUGUCUGAAUGGGGACUUUGGAGCAAAUGCCCACAGUCAUGCGAUCCCCACACAAUGCAGAAAAGAACUCGCCACCUGCUAAGACCAUCACUGAGCUCAAGGACUUGUGCUGAAGACUCACAGGUGCAGCCUUGCCUCCUUAAUGAAAAUUGCUUCCAGUUCCAGUACAAUCUAACAGAGUGGAGCACAUGCCAGCUGAGUGAAAAUGCACCCUGUGGUCAAGGCGUCAGGACCCGCCUACUAAGCUGUGUGCGCAGUGAUGGCAAGCCAGUCAGCAUGGACCAAUGUGAGCAGCGUAAUUUGGAGAAGCCCCAGAGAAUGAGCAUUCCCUGCUUGGUGGAAUGCGUCGUCAACUGUCAGCUCUCAGGGUGGACGGCUUGGACAGAGUGUUCACAGACCUGUGGCCAUGGAGGUCGAAUGAGCCGGACUCGAUUUAUCAUUAUGCCAACCCAAGGAGAAGGACGGCCAUGCCCCACAGAGCUUACCCAGCAGAAAACCUGCCCAGUGACCCCCUGCUACAGCUGGGUCCUUGGCAACUGGUCUGCAUGUAAAUUGGAGGGUGGAGACUGUGGGGAAGGAGUUCAGAUCCGCAGCCUUUCCUGCAUGGUCCACAGUGGUUCAGUAUCUCAUGCAGCUGGACGGGUCGAGGAUGCACUGUGUGGAGAAAUGCCCUUUCAGGACAGCAUCCUGAAGCAGCUGUGUUCUGUGCCUUGCCCAGGAGACUGCCAUUUGACGGAAUGGUCAGAGUGGAGCACAUGUGAAUUAACCUGCAUUGACGGAAGAAGCUUUGAGACUGUGGGUCGCCAGUCUAGAUCAAGGACAUUUAUAAUUCAGUCUUUUGAGAACCAAGACAGCUGCCCCCAACAGGUUCUAGAAACACGCCCUUGUGCAGGAGGCAAAUGUUAUCACUACACAUGGAAAGCAAGUUUUUGGAACAAUAAUGAACGAACUGUGUGGUGCCAGCGUUCAGAUGGCGUUAAUGUCACAGGAGGCUGCUCCCCUGAGGCCCGUCCCGCUGCCAUUCGGCAGUGCAUUCCAGCCUGCAGAAAACCUUUCUCCUACUGUACACAGGGUGGAGUCUGUGGUUGUGAGAAGGGCUAUACAGAGAUAAUGAGAUCAAAUGGUUUCCUGGAUUACUGCAUGAAAGUACCAGGCUCAGAGGAUAAAAAAGCUGAUGUGAAAAACCUUUCUGGGAAAAACAGACCUGUGAAUUCAAAAAUACAUGAUAUUUUUAAAGGAUGGUCUCUUCAACCACUUGAUCCAGAUGGCCGAGUAAAAAUUUGGGUUUAUGGCGUUUCAGGUGGCGCUUUUCUUAUCAUGAUUUUCCUAGUAUUUACUUCCUACCUUGUUUGCAAGAAGCCAAAACCACAUCAAAGCACACCUCCCCAACAGAAGCCUCUGACCUUAGCCUACGAUGGAGACUUAGACAUGUAA